AUGGCGAGUCUCUACAAACGGUAUAUCCCGCCGAAGUCCGCAGCUCCACUUUCGACAGCAGUAUCACAGCCAUUUGUCCCGGUGGAACCCCCGAAACGAAAGCGGGAACGAAGCGAAGAGGAAAUCGCAGAGCGCAAAGCCAAGAAAGCGAAGAAGAAGGGCGUUCCUGUUGAGGAUGUCACCAAGCCUGUGGCGAAGGAUACCAAAGCCACUGUCGAGGCAAUAAAACCGCCACCCACGAAGCCUGAGCCGAAACAAGCGCCGGAAGUAGUCGUGGUGGAAGAUGACAAGCCCGAAGUCCUGGAACCGGGAAUGGUACCCUUGCCAGAUGUGGAAGCAGUAGAAGAGGCAGCUGCGACGGGCGACUUCAGCCACGUGAGGAAUAAGAAGAAGCGGCACAAGUUGGAAAAAGAGGCGAGGAAAGCGAGGAAGGCCGCGGGGAAAGAUGGGGRGGACGAUGAGGUGGACGUGAACAGAGAUGCGGUGGAGCAUGCUCGAAAGGAGAGUGCUGAGGACAGUGAGAUGACAGGGAUGGGAGUAGGCGAGGCCGUAGUUGAGCAGGAGGAUGAGAGUCACGCAGAAGUGGUGGAAGAGCCGGCGGAGGUCAAGGUCAAAACGAAAAAGGCGAAGAAGAAGGAUGUCGUGGAAGAUGUCAUCCAAGAAAUUUCGGGACAGUCCAACGACGCGACCGAACCUCAGUCAAAAAAGAGACGACAUAAGCUGGAAGCUGUCUUGAAGGAAUCCUCACCGGAGGUGGAAGCGAAAGAUACGAGAGACGACGACGAUGACGGCGACUCGCACCUCCGCAAGCACGGCGCCAUCCUCAACAACUACCAGAAAGCCUCAAAACGCUCCCAAGCUCAGCAAUCUCAAGCCAAAGACGAGCUAGAACCAGAAAAGGUGCCCAUCCAACCCAUCGUUCAGGAUUUGGAAAUGCCCGACGCCGAUCUUCCUCCCGAAAACGAUGAACUUGAUGAAGCAGAAGAAUACUCGUCGAAUCUCCCAACCUGGCUGGCUCAACCGAUCGUCAUCUCCGCCGACAGCAAAGCAACCUUUGCCUCACUCAAUUUACCUCAAAAGACUMUGGCUCACCUCUCAGCGCUCAAGUUCGAGGAUGCACUACCUGUCCAACAAGCUCUCCUACCCAUCCUCCUCCCGCCAGGAACUCCUGGAUCCACCUAUUUGCCCGGAACAGAGAUGAUUCUGCCAGAUUUAGCUGUCAGCGCCGCCACUGGAAGCGGAAAGACAUUGGCGUACCUCUUGCCAAUCAUCGAGAGCCUGAAGCUGAACGCUGCAAGGGGAAAGUUGACUGCGUUGGUCAUUGUUCCCACGAGAGAACUGGUACUGCAGGUCGCAGCCGUCGCGGAGAGUCUUUCCAAAGGGAGUGGAUUGAAGGUUGGACUGGCCACUGGUACUGCCAAAUUUGCGGACGAACAGCGAAAACUCAUGGGGAAUUCCUACCGCUAUGCGCCAAGAUCGUCUGCUGGAGAAAGUACUGAAGAAGUGAUUCAUACCUCUGAAAGCAUCAACCAAGACUUCCUGGCUUGCCCUCCUAACCACAAAGUUGAGUACUCUUCGGCGCUGGACAUUUUGGUCGCUACCCCGGGAAGAUUGUUGGAGCAUUUGGAACACACCAAAGGUUUCAACCUCGUGCACCUCCAGUGGUUCGUCCUCGAUGAAGCUGAUAAGCUGCUGGAUCAUCAGUCUGCGGGAGAGAUCUCGAGUCUCUUGCAGCACAUCUCUCGUCCGAGAUCGAUUGACGAGCAGGAUGCACGUGAGAAAUUCCUACGCCAGCAAUUAGAAUGGGAUGAACGGGAGGAAAGGAGGGUGAGGAAGGUGUUGUUGAGUGCGACUAUGACGAGGGAUGUCCAGCGUCUGGUGGGACUGGGAUUGAGGUUCCCCAAAUUAAUCGCUGUGCAGCAGGAAGUUGAGGAGAGGAAGAGUGGUUUCGAAGUUCCCGAAGGGUUGAGGGAGUAUGUGGUACCAGUUGGAGAUGGCAGUGAGAAGCCGCUCGUUGCGUUGGAGUGGUUGCGGACUAGGGUCUUCGGAGAGGAGGAGGAUGAUAGUUCUGACGAUUCUGAUUCUGACUCCGAUGACUCCGACGACUCGAAUGGAAGUGAGAGUGAAGACGACUCCGCCUCCUCGUCCACUGUAGACCAUGAAGUCCUACACAAGAGAAAGACUCCACCACCAACUGUGCUGGUCUUUACAGGCACCUCGGAAUCUGCAUCCCGGUUGGCGCAUCUCCUUCGUGCUUUGAAACCUUCGUGGGACAAACACAUUUCCCUCCUUACAAAAACAUCGAAGACUCCCCGCUUCUCCUCCACUUCCGGCCCGAUGGUGGUAAUCUCCACAGACCGGGCAGCUCGUGGAUUGGACUCCCUUUCCGGUCGUCCGAUUUCCCAUGUUCUACAAUAUGACAUCCCGACAUCUCUUACGGGCUAUGUACAUCGUGUGGGAAGGACGGCAAGGAAUGGAAGGGAAGGGGAGGGUUGGACUUUGUAUGCGAGGACUGAGGCUGGGUGGUUUUUGAAGGCUGUUGGGGUUGAAAAGGGUGGCGAUGGAGAGGGCGUUAAGAGGAAGCUGUUAGUUGAGAGGGUUAAGAUGAGGAUGGAGGACGAGGAGAUUAGAGGGAGGUAUGCGGAGGUGCUUGGAGAGAUGAAGGGUGAGGUUCUUGGUGGCGGUAGACCGAAAGCUCAAGGCGAGUGA